CCGGCGACGCUCGCGGGAGGGUGUCUGGAAGCUGCGAAAUCUCCCUGAGGCGCGCGGUGCCGAGGCCGCGGCGACCGGCGACGGCGAGGCCUGGCGCAGUGGUGAAGUACUCCACACUUGUGGCAAGAGGUCCUGGGUUUGAGGCAGCCUCUCUGCAUUGCACUGUGCAGGGGUAAGGCUUGCCUCGUAUAAUCCUUCCCCGGACCCCAACUGGCCCCGGCACAUUUCUAUCGACUGAAAAAGCUUAGUGGGUCAUCUUCCCCUACAGAAAGUGGUUUUACAAGGCUUACCCUAAAUCUCCCAGGAUCGGCCUAUCAGUUCCCGCAGAGAAGGUCGGUCUGUGGUGAUCAUCGAUAUGGGCAAAACAUCUGCUUCUGGUGUUGUUCAGGAGAGUGAAAAAGUUGGGAAUGGUUCACCCUCUUCUCCUACCAAGGGGAAAAGGGGAAGGAAAGGGUCCCAGAUUAUAGCAAAUAAAAAGUAUCCCCUGAGAUCUGCACAUAGUAGUGCCAGGGUGCUUCGGUCUACUUCAAAAGACAAGAGUAAGACGCCUAAUGAGCCAGUAAGUCCAUUGAGAUCCGCUCAUAGUAGUCCCAGGGUUCUUCGAUCUACCCCUAAAAACAAGAGCAAGACACCUAAAAAGCAAGUAAAUUCAUUGAGGUCCGCACAUAGUAGUGCCAGGGUGCUUAGCUCUACCUUGAAGAAAAAGGUACCUAAUGAGCCUGUAAACGACAGUACUGCUGCUCAACCAGCUGCCAGGAAAAGGAAAAGAGGCAGGCCCUCAAAUGCAGCGAGUCCCAAGAAUGAGUGCAUCAAAAUUCGCCAGCGAGUUAGAUACAUUUUGAAUCGAAUGAACUACGAACAAAGUUUCAUUCAAGCAUACGCUGGUGAAGGUUGGAAAGGUCAAAGUUUGGAAAAAAUAAGACCUGAGAAGGAGCUUGAGCGAGCCAAGGCAGAAAUCUUGCGAUGCAAGUUAAGAAUUCGGGAAGCUUUUCGUAAUAUGGAUUCUCUUCUAUUGGAGGGGAAGCUUGACGAAUCUUUGUUUGAUUCUGAGGGAGAAAUAUCUAGUGAAGAUAUUUUCUGUGCCAUAUGUGCUUCAAAGCAUGUUACACUAAAAAAUGAUAUCAUUCUUUGCGAUGGAGUGUGUGAUAGAGGAUUCCACCAGAAAUGUUUGAAUCCUCCUUUGCUGGCAGAAGAUAUUCCUCAGGGGGAUGAAGGAUGGCUUUGCCCUGCGUGCGAUUGCAAGCUAGAUUGUAUAGAUUUACUAAAUGAACUCCAAGGGAGCACACUUGCUAUUCAUGACUCAUGGGAGAAAGUUUUUCCUGAGUCAACUUCAAAUGGCUUAAACCAAAUUGGAGCAUCUGAUCUUCCAUCCGAUGAUUCAGAGGAGGAUUAUGACCCUACUUUAGCUGAAGGGGACACGGUAGAUGAAAACAAAUCAUCUGCAGAGGAUGGGGACGAAGGAUCAGAUUCUGAUGACCUGGAUUUUAUAACAUCAUCCGAUGAGUCUGAACCUUCAAAGAAGAAAAGGUCUGAAUCAAAGAACAAAAACACCGUCAAUGACCUUGCGUUGCCUUCGGAUGACUCAGAGGAUGAUGACUUUGAUCCAGAAGGUCCAAAUUCCAGUGAAGACCAAAAGACCAAAACAAACUCAGAUGAGUCAGACUUUACAUCUGAUUCUGAUGAUUUCUGUGCUGAGAUUUCUAAAUCUUCUGGCAAGGAUAAAGUUUCGGCACCUUCAUUCUCAGACCAAACUAAUGGAGUGGACAUUAUGGAGGCAGAGCUAGAGCAAGACUCUGUGCUACCAGCUUCAAAUAGGCGACAAGUUGGACAUUUGGAUUACAAAAAGCUUUAUGAUGAGGCUUAUGGAAAAGAAACCACUGAUUCAAGCGAUGAAGAAGAGUGGUCUGGACAUAGCCCAAAUGGAAAUCCAGAAGACAGUGAUACAGAUUCAUUUGCUGGACCACUUAAGCCGGCAAAAACCAGAAGAGCACGAGGUGGGCACCAGAACAAUGAGCGUACUCCACAGAGUGAACGGCACAGCGGUUCAGUAAGUGAACAGCAUCCUGAAGUGCUUUCCAAUGGCACCAGUAGCACGGUCAGGAAAAAAGGUUAUGGUCCUAUUGUUAAUCAGAAGCUCAAGGCAUAUUUCGAAAAAGAACCUUACCCUAGUCGCCCAGCAAAAGAAAGUCUGGCACAAGAGCUUGGCCUGACAUUCAAUCAGAUCACUAGAUGGUUUUCUAGUACUCGUCAUUACUCAAGAGUUACUGCUGCCAAAAAAGGGAAGCGUUCAGAAAACUAUACUGCUGAGAACAAUGGCAUUGCUGCAGAUAGCAUACAACAGAGAGAACCCAAUGACAGUCUAUUGGGCAAACCAAAUGUAGAUAGAAACGGUAUUGUUUCGGAGGAAAGGAUGGCGCAAAAAAAUCUUGAUGAAGGUGAGAAAGAAGAUACUCCAUUCAGACAACAUAUCAGCUGUGAGCAGACACUAGAUGGGACUCCUGCUAACAAACACAACACUGCCAACUCAAGAGAAGUUGACUCACCAAUUGGUGCGCCUGGAGGAAACCAGCAAAGUGGCACCUCGAGGAAUGCAGAAGAUACCCCACUCGGACAAGAUAUUGGCUGUGAGCAGACCGUGGUUGCUGUCAACCAAAACUGCACUAUCGGCUCGAGCAAUGUCGGGUCACCGAAAGGUGUGCCUGGAGGAAACAAGCGCCUUAAUAACUCUCCAAGGAGUGUUGGAAGCCCAAGACGUGGGUCUGCUGAGAAGAACAUUCCUGGGCUAGAACAUGUAGACGAGGCAAGGAGGAAGGCUAUACUGCGGGAGCUGAGGAAGAUGAAGGCCGCAGGCAGGUGAAGCUCCCAGAGAGGUAUCGUUUGAACCAUUUCCGAACCUUCAGUGCAAGUCAAGUUUUCGAUGCUACUCGACAAGUUUGAACUCUGGAUUGCUUCCCAGCCAGAGAAGAUGACUGACAGCCGAAUUGUUGUGCCUCAUCUGUUUCAAGUUCAUCAGUUGACAAGCCUGCUUAUCGUAGCCCUGUUUCUCUAUAGAGCCUCGAAUUCCUGAUUGGGUACACCUGGAAUCUGAAGUACUUCAUCCACAACAAGGGUUAAGCUGGGUGUAACAGUAUUAGCGUAGCCUGUAGACUCUAGUGGACAUUAGAACUGUUGUUUGCCAUGUUCUUGUAUCAUCUUGAUGGGUAGCCAUGUUGAGAGAAGCUGAUGCGAACCGUUGUUUGGGUUGUAUCUUGUAAACAUGCUGUGAAUUGAAAGUUGUUCCUUUCAUUUUUUCCUGGGAGUUUAAUGAAACGAGAUCAAUGACGUCA